AUUCUACCGACCUAACAUAGUACUCUAGCGUUUGACGUGUAACUAUUACAUUCAUUCUCCCGUCAUCAUAAAAAAAAGAGUAUACAAUUUCAGAGAUACUAUCGCUUCUUUUUGUUACAAAAAAAAAAAAAAUUCUUUUCUUGUUACACGAUAUCACGAUACUAUAGAAUAAACAUAUAAAACAUAUAUCAUAUCCACCGAUUGCCGCGCGCGUGAAGACGACCAAAAGAUUCUAAGGUUCCAGAACGAGAGAGAGAGAGUCGCGUAUGCACGAGAGCGGUCAGCCAGGAAGAAAACUACUCUGUCUUACUCGAAUAGCGAAGCAAAAUUGAUACACACAGAUCUUCAGCGCAGCGGAUUGCUGCUGAGGAGAAUCAGAGAAUUAUAUCAAUAAAAAAUACACAGUCCCUCCCGGGCUAUGCCGGAUUAUUCGACCAUUUCAUCUGGAGAGAGCUCCGCCUCUGCUGGCGAUAUGACAAGGCAAAAGCGGGCUCGCGGCCGCCCCAAGGAUACCGGAGGGGGGCAGGCCACCAUGAUUAGCAGUGUUAUUAAUCUUCUUAAUACUAUUAUCGGCGCCGGUACGCUAGCGAUGCCCUCGGCCAUGUCGCACUUCGGCAUGCUGAUCGGAGUCAUUGUAAUCCUCUGGUCGGGAUUCACAUCUGCCUUCGGUCUCUACCUCCAGGCCCGAUGCGCGCGAUAUCUCGACCGUGGCACCUCGUCGUUUUUCGCCCUAUCCCAAAUGACCUACCCUAAUGCCGCCGUUAUUUUCGAUGCAGCGAUUGCUAUAAAGUGUUUUGGGGUUAGCGUAUCAUAUAUAAUUAUUAUCGGCGACCUAAUGCCAGGCGUCGUGGAAGGCUUUGACGCCAGAGCGGCUGAUAUACCAUAUUUGAUGGACCGUAACUUCUGGAUUACCGCCUUUAUGCUCGUUAUAAUUCCUUUAAGUUUCUUGAGGCGCCUAGAUUCCCUCAAGUAUACCAGCAUUGUUGCCCUUGUUUCGAUUGGGUAUUUGAUCGUGCUAGUUGUCUAUCAUUUUGCAGUCGACAUACCUGCGCCUAGAGACAAGGUCCGGUUUAUCUCGUGGGGAGGACCCGUCGAAGCUCUCGCCAGCCUGCCGGUGGUUGUUUAUGCGUACACUUGCCACCAAAAUAUGUUUUCCAUUCUCAACGAGAUUUCAAACAAUUCGCCCGGCAGUAUAGUGGGUGUUAUCUCUACUAGUAUUGGUUCAGCGGCCGCUGUCUACAUACUAGUCGCCAUUACUGGUUACUUGACCUUUGGAAAUGACGUUAUAGGCAACAUUGUGUCUAUGUAUCCUGCGUCGAUUGCCUCUACUAUCGCCAAAGCAGCUAUCGUCGUUCUUGUAACAUUUUCCAUUCCGUUGCAAAUACAUCCAUGUCGAGCAUCUGUUGACGCAGUUCUUAAAUGGCGACCAAAUGGAUCUCGCUCCCAAGGGCGAACGAAUUCUCCUGGCGGACGACCACUUCUUCCAAACCCCUCUCAAUCGCGGUCAGAUCACGGACCUAGUGCGCCUAUGUCAGACUUGCGCUUUGCUAUCUUGAGCACGAUUAUCGUAGUAUUAGCUUACGUCACGUCUCUCACUGUGACCUCGUUGGAACAGAUGCUAGCAUUUGUCGGCUCUACCGGUAGCACAAGUAUUAGUUUCAUUCUUCCGGGUCUAUUCUACUACAAGAUUUCGGACCCGGAUUCGAUCCACCAGCAACGUCUAACUAAAGAGGAUGACGAUGCUCUCCCCAGCUCCGAUUCUGAAGAGGAAGGCGGAGAAGAGGGGCUUCUCGGAAGAAGCGUAGACAGCAUCCACAGCGCUGCCAGUGCGUCGAGUGCUAGGAGCAAGAAUACGAAGUCUUCUUGGCGCUGGGUUAAGAAGUUUAGGUGGGACAUGGAACAUAUCGAUGUCCAAUUUUUAAGAGGAGCGGCGCUUGCCUUGUCAAUCUACGGCGUAUGUGUCAUGAUCGUAUGCUUGGGGAUGAACGUGUUCGGCUCCGUAGCAGCACAUUAGGCAAGCUGGGCGAAGUUCCUGAUCCAACGCAUAUAUGAUCUCGCAGAGUGGAUAUCCAAUAACUCCCUCGAUUAGUACCUUGGACGUUGAGAGGUUUGAUAUCCCUUACAUACCUUACAUCCUUUCCGCAUUUGUUGGAGUUUUGGAUACAACCAUUUUAUUGUAUAUAUUCCUUUCAGUUUCUCGGCAUUGUCUGGAGUUGGCAUUGAACAUAAAAUUGUAUGCAGCGUUCCUUAAUCCCUGCCGUACUAUGUAGGUACGUACAUAAACGCGCCAUUACGUGCAGAUGGCUAGACCCUUAUUUGAUCCUU